GCGACUCGCCCAGGCAGCAGGACAGGCCUGGAUCGAAGCAGGGCUGCAGCUGCAGCAGCGGGCUCGCGUCACGAACCGCCCAAGAACGGGCCGCCGCCGAAACCAAGAAGGAAACCCGCACGGAAUAUACCGCCGCCGGCGCCGAGGAUGCGACCGUGGCACUGCGCCGCCCCCGGGAAGUAGGCGACGACCAGCAGCAGCGCACGAGCAGUUCUUGUUUCUUUGGGAGGAAUCCCGGUUCGUGUGGCCGCAGAGUGGCAUAGCGUUGCCGCGCGGUCCAGCAGCGGGUCCCCGACGGAGCCUCGGCGCAGCAGCCUCCUCAGCAACGGUGUCGCCGCCGCCGUCCGCGCUCCAAUGGUGGCAGCCCGGGGACGAUGCUCUGUAAAUGGAGGUUGCCCCCCGUGCGUCACCGCGUGAACGAGCCGGCCUAGGGGCGCCCGCCCUCCGCGCUAGGCCUGCAGCAGCUGCGGCGAAGGCGCACCCGCGGCCGAGAACAUGCGCCCGCGCCCCGGCGGCGUGUGCAGCAGCAGCAGCCUAGUGGGCCAGCCCCGCGCGCUGUGCGAGCCGCCCACCGCCGCGUUAUGAUGCUUCCCUUCGGAACACCCACGGCCCGGAAUCAAGACGAGCUUCUAGCUGCAGACACUUCUCCAAGGCGUAGCGGCCGCGGCGGCAGCGGCAAGAGCAGCAGCAGCGGCGGGCAGCGCGGCGGCGACCGAGGAGGGGGCGGCGGGGCUUCCCCGGGCGGCCCGCAGCGAUGAUGCGCGGCGAACCCGCGUCGGCCGCCGCGCCGUCGCACGAGGGAGCCCCCCGCGAGCUGGAGGAGCCCGAGGAACCAGUCCAGUUGUUCCGGCCGUUCACGCGCGAGUCCCUGGCCGCCCAGGAGGCGCGCAUCGCCGAGGACGCUGCACGGAAGGCGCUGAUCGCCCAGCGCAUAGAAGAAGGCAUCCCGGCCGGCGACGACUACGUGCACCACUCGCGAGAGAACAGGGACGCCGAUCCGGACUUGGAGGCCGGCGGACCGCUGCCGAAGCGCAUCAUCAACGACUUCCCGCCCGAGCUCAUCGCCACGCCCAUCGAAGACAUCGACAAGUUCUACGAGAACAAGAGGACGUUCGUGGUCGUGAGCAAGAGCAAGGACAUCUUUCGGUUCAGCUCGACGAAUGCGCUGUUUCUGCUAAGCCCCUUCAACCCGGUCAGGAGACUGGCCAUCUGCAUCCUAGUGCACCCACUUUUCAGCUUCUUUGUCAUCGUAACCAUUCUCGUCAACUGCGUCCUCAUGACCAUGCCCAGCAACGACAAAAUUGAACAAACAGAGACGAUAUUCACCACAAUCUACACGUUUGAAUCAUUUAUCAAAAUGAUGGCUCGAGGAUUUAUUCUAGAACAAUUUACAUAUCUUCGAGAUCCAUGGAAUUGGUUGGAUUUUGUUGUUAUUUCUCUAGCGUAUGUUACAAUGUUUAUUAAUUUGGGGAACCUGAGCGCCUUGCGAACCUUUCGUGUUCUUAGAGCCUUGAAAACCGUAGCCAUAGUUCCUGGUCUGAAGACUAUCGUAGGAGCGGUGAUAGAGUCUGUGAAGAACCUCAGAGAUGUGAUCAUUUUGACAAUGUUCUCACUGUCGGUUUUUGCCUUACUUGGAUUGCAAAUAUACAUGGGGGUACUGACGCAAAAAUGCGUACUCAUACCCCCAACCAAUCUCUCACAUGCCGAAUAUGCAAGUUUCAUCGAGAAUGAAACAAAUUGGGCAACUGAUGAUGAUGGCAUGUAUCCAUUGUGUGGCAAUUCGAGUGGUGCAAAGCAAUGUCAAGAGGGCUACAUGUGUCUGCAGGGUAUAGGAGAAAACCCAGACUAUGGCUACACUAAUUUCGACACUUUUGGUUGGGCCUUUCUUUCGGCGUUCAGGUUAAUGACACAAGAUGCUUGGGAAUUAUUGUAUCAAAUGGUGCUAAGAGCGGCGGGUCCCUGGCACAUGUGUUUUUUCGUGGUGAUAAUAUUUUUAGGCUCCUUCUAUCUAGUGAAUCUGAUCUUGGCUAUCGUAGCCAUGUCGUAUGACGAAUUACAAAAGAAGGCCGAAGAGGAGGCGGAGGAGGACCGCCUUCUCGAAGAAGCCAUGCGGGCCGAAGAAGAGGCCCGCGCCGAAUUGGCGGCCGGCCAUAGUCGGCCGCACGACACCGGCGACAACGGCCACGGCGGCGGCCAGGUGGUCAAGAGCCCCUCGGAGUUCUCGUGCCGCUCGUACGAGCUCUUCGUGGGUCAGGACCGGGGCGCUGAGGAUCCCAGGGACCUCCGGGAGCGGGCGAGCCUAAGGAGCGCAGACGCGGCGGCCGAGCAGCUAGACGACCUCUGCUACCCGGAGUCGCGGCCACGCUCCGCCGCCAACUCUAAGGCCAGCCUGAGCCUACCCGGCUCGCCCUUUAACCUCCGUAGGGGCAGCCGCGGUAGUCAGCUGAGCGUGAGCUGGCGCAGUAACGGGCGUCGCCUGGGCGAUCGCAAGCCCCUCGUCCUGCAGACGUACCGGGACGCUCAGGAACACCUGCCGUACGCCGACGACAGCAACGCCGUCACGCCAAUGUCCGAAGACAACGGCGCCAUCCUGCUGCCCAUGUACGCCAAUCUGGCGUCGCGGCACUCCAGCUACACGUCGCACUCGUCGCGCCUGUCGUACACGUCGCAUGGCGGGGACGUCUUCUGCCGAGGGGGCGCCGCGGCGGGCGCGGGACCCGGCGCCGGUGGUGUCCUCACCAAGGAAAGCCAGCUGCGCUCGCGAUCGCGAAACCUGCAGGGAUGCUACUACUACGAGGAAAUGACUCUGGAUGGGGAGGAAUGUUUGGCUGUGAAGAAGCAACCGGACAACCCUUUUAUUGAACCGUCGCAGAGGCAAGGCCUCGUAGAUAUGAAGGACGUGAUGGUGCUAAACGACAUCAUCGAGCAGGCCGCGGGUCGCCAGAGCAAAGCCAGUGAGAGAGAAAGGGAGGAGCAGGAGAGGCCCAAGUUCAAAGACAAGUGCAUGGCCAAUUGCUUGAAGUGUAUAGACAUGUUCUGCGUGUGGGACUGCUGUUGGUACUGGAUCCGGAUCCAGGAGAUACUAGGACUCAUCGUGUUUGACCCGUUCAUGGAGCUCUUCAUCACUCUAUGCAUCGUGGUCAACACGCUAUUCAUGGCCAUGGACCAUCAUAACAUGGACCCAGACUUUGAUAAUGUCCUCAAGAAGGGGAAUUACUUCUUUACCGCGACAUUCGCGAUAGAAGCUGGAAUGAAGCUUAUGGCCAUGAGUCCAAAAAACUAUUUCCGCGAAGGCUGGAAUAUCUUCGAUUUCCUCAUCGUCGCGCUCUCCUUAAUUGAACUCAGUUUGGAAAACGUCCAAGGAUUGUCUGUGCUGCGUUCUUUUCGUCUGCUACGUGUGUUCAAGCUAGCCAAAUCGUGGCCUACCCUUAACCUGCUCAUCUCUAUCAUGGGGAAAACCAUCGGUGCCCUCGGGAACUUGACCUUUGUCCUGGGAAUCAUCAUCUUCAUCUUCGCCGUGAUGGGAAUGCAACUCUUUGGCAAGAACUACGAAGAAAAUAAGCACAAGUUCAAAGAUAACUUGGUUCCUCGGUGGAACUUUGUUGACUUCAUGCAUUCGUUCAUGAUUGUGUUCCGGGUGUUGUGCGGGGAGUGGAUCCAGUCCAUGUGGGACUGCAUGUGGGUCUCUGGCUGGCCCUGCAUCCCCUUCUUUCUCGCUACAGUGGUCAUCGGGAACCUUGUGGUGCUCAACCUUUUCCUUGCCUUGCUGCUGUCCUCGUUCGGGGCGUCCAAUUUGUCCCAAGCGAAUCCUGACAGCGGCGACACUAAGAAAUUACAAGAAGCCAUCGACCGGUUUCACCGGGCUAGUCGGUGGAUCAAGUCCAACUCUAUGAAACUUGUAAAGGCCUUUCGUCGGAAACCACGCAACCAGAUCGGGGACCAGACAACAGACAUUCGUGGUGGCGGCGCAGGCGAAGAGUUGGAGGCUGACCCGGGCGUCGCAAGAGAAGUGGUUCUCCUCGACGGCCGGGUGCCAAUGCGAGACAAAAAGCCCCAACACAACAACGACCUCGAGGUUGUCGUUGGGGACGGCCUCGAUAUCGCCAUUCAGGGUGAUGGCAAGGCCGUUAAAAUGAAGUUGAAAAACAACUCAAAGCCUGUGAUGAAUUCUGUUUGGGUGGGACCUAUGAUCGAGCCUAAGAACAAGCAGUUAGAGAAAGACAACAAGGAAAAGGAGAAAGAGGCGCAGGGCAAUAAGGUGUACCCGCAAAAGGACGAGGAUACCCUCAGCGAAAAGUCAGCGUCCAGCCCCAAGGAGAAGGCCCUCCUUGUGAACAAGCCGUCCAAAGACCUUAGCAACAGUUCCCUGUAUUUGGGGAAUAACCUCGAGGAGGAGAAGAAGGACGCCAGCAAAGAGGACCUCGGCACUAAGGAAGGAGAAGAGGGCCCCGCCGAAGAGCCCAUCAACCCGGACACGGAAGAUGUGGACACAGACAAGCUGGAAACGGCCACCUCGGACAUCAUCAUCCCGGAGUUGCCGGCUGACUGCUGUCCCGACUGGUGCUAUACGCGCUUCGCCUUCGCCUGCUGUUACGACGAGAGCAAGGUCUUUUGGCAGCGCUACAAGAUCGUGCGCACCAAGGUGUUCGGGCUCGUCGAACACAAGUACUUCGAAACCAUCGUUGUCGUUCUCAUCCUCACCAGCAGCCUAGCGCUGGCGCUCGAAGACGUCAACUUGAAAGACCGGCCUAUGCUCAAGGCUGUCCUCACAUACAUGGACAAGACUUUUACAGUGAUUUUUUUCUUCGAGAUGAUUCUCAAGUGGGUUGCCUUUGGCUUCAAGAAAUACUUCACCAAUGCCUGGUGCUGGUUGGAUUUUGUCAUCGUGCUCGUGUCAGUGGUCAAUCUUAUCGCGUCAGCGCUGGGGGCGGGCCGCAUCCAAGCCUUCAAGACGAUGCGGACGCUCAGAGCCCUGCGACCACUCCGGGCUCUGUCCCGGUUCCAGGGCAUGCGGGUUGUCGUCAACGCCCUGGUGCAAGCCAUCCCAGCCAUCUUCAACGUGCUGCUAGUGUGCCUCAUCUUUUGGCUCAUCUUCUCCAUCAUGGGCGUCCAGAUGCUGGCGGGAAAGUUCUACCGCUGCGUCGACGCCAAUGGCACGCGGCUAAAUAGCUCCUACGUACCAAACCGCAAGACAUGUGAAGCCAACAACUACACUUGGGACAACCCCAUGAUCAACUUCGACAACGUCCUCAACGCAUACUUGGCCCUCUUCCAAGUGGCAACGUUCAAAGGCUGGACGGAUAUUAUGGACAAUGCGAUCGACUCCAGGGGCGGAAAAGAGGACCAACCAGAAUACGAGGCUAACAUCUACAUGUACCUAUAUUUCGUAUUCUUCAUUAUCUUCGGCUCCUUCUUCACCUUGAAUCUAUUCAUCGGUGUAAUUAUCGACAAUUUCAAUGAACAGAAAAAGAAGGCUGGAGGAUCGUUGGAAAUGUUCAUGACAGAAGACCAAAAGAAAUACUAUAACGCCAUGAAGAAAAUGGGAUCCAAAAAGCCAGCCAAGGCAAUUCCAAGGCCUAGGUUCAAAAUCCAAGCAAUGAUUUUCGACCUGACCACAAACAAAAUGUUCGACAUGGCGAUCAUGAUCUUCAUUGCCCUUAACAUGACGGUCAUGGCGCUUGACCAUUACAAGCAAUCCAGGUUGUACGAGUCCAUCCUAGAGCGGCUCAACAUCUUCUUCAUCGCUGUCUUCACAGCUGAAUGCCUGCUCAAAAUCUUCGCCCUGCGCUGGCACUACUUUCGAGAACCAUGGAACAUGUUCGACUUCGUAGUCGUCAUCCUCUCUAUUCUAGGUACGGUGCUCAAGGACCUGAUCGCGACCUACUUCGUGUCACCCACGCUGCUCCGUGUGGUGCGCGUGGUGAAAGUGGGCCGUGUGCUGCGGCUGGUCAAGGGCGCGCGGGGCAUCCGGACCCUGCUGUUCGCCCUGGCCAUGUCGUUGCCGGCGCUGUUUAACAUCUGCCUGCUCCUGUUCCUUGUGAUGUUCAUCUACGCAAUCUUCGGCAUGUCCUUCUUCAUGCACGUCAAGCACCGCUACGGCGUCGACGAGAACUUUAACUUUGAGACCUUCGGCCAGUCGAUGAUCCUGCUGUUCCAAAUGUGCACGUCCGCCGGCUGGGACGGCGUGCUAGCCGCCAUCAUGGACGAGCACGACUGCAACCGGCCCACCGACGAAUCGGAGGGCAACUGCGGCAAGCGGGGCAUCGCGGUCGCCUACCUCGUCUCGUACCUCAUAAUCAGCUUCCUCGUCAUCAUAAACAUGUAUAUCGCCGUCAUCCUCGAGAACUACAGUCAGGCCACCGAGGACGUGCAAGAGGGCCUAACCGACGACGACUACGACAUGUACUACGAGAUCUGGCAGCAAUUCGAUCCCAAGGGCACCCAGUACGUGGCCUACUCCAACCUGACCAACUUUGUGAAUGCGCUGGAGGAGCCCCUGCAGAUCCCCAAGCCCAACAAGUACAAGCUGAUCGCCCUGGACAUACCCAUCUGCAAGGACGACAUGGUGUACUGCGUCGACAUUCUGGACGCCCUCACUCGGGACUUCUUCGCCCGCAAGGGCCACGCCAUCGAGGAGCCACCCGAGAUCACCGAGACCGUCAUACACCUAGACCGGCCGGGCUACGAGCCGGUCAGUUCGACGCUAUGGCGCCAGCGCGAGGAGUACUGCGCCCGCGUCAUCCAGCGGGCCUGGCGCCGAUACAAGGGCGGCGGUUUCCUUGGCGGCGGCGGCGGGGACGACGCCGCCUCCGACGGGGAACCUCCGACGGCGGCCACCGCCCAGCAGCAGACGGCCAUAGUGGUGGACAGUGACGGUCACGUGACACGCAACGGACACCGUGUGGUGCUGCACUCGCGUUCGCCCAGCGUCGCCAGCCGCUCGACGGACGUGUGACAAGAGUAGACGCCUGCCCGUCCGCACUCCGCGGGCGGCCAGGAUCCCCUCAACCCGCCGCUCUUCUCUGUCUAGCAUUGUUUAACUCAAGGGACUCAACUUUACAAUUAACUCCAAUUGCUACAUACCCUCGACGCAGCAGCACACCCUUUCUCUCUUCCUUCGGCGCACUUUACUGCAACAGGUCGCGUUGUGAGUGUGUGUGUCUACUCUUUCUCUCCACUGCAUCCGGCCAACGUCGAAGAGAAAAAGCACCGUAGCUUUGGAACUGCCACUUCUGCAAUGCAGAAAAGAAAAAAAAAUGCUUGCUGCGAUUUUGAAUUUUAAGACGAAGAUGAAGAAGAUGAAUAUAUAUAUAAAUAUAUAUAAAUAUAAAUAAUAUAUAUUAUACAUAUAUGUGUGGUGUAAAGAAAAAAAAGAAGCGCUAGUUGCACCUGGAGGUGACCGGUGACCCUCUCUAUAGCGAGCAAAAAAUGCUGCACUCGCCAACAAUGUAUGCACACAAGGACCACGACGCGGGGCUGCUCUUGCAACCACCCGCGCCGGGACUCAGCCUCUCGCGAGAGGAGGACUGCUGCUGACGCCGCUGCCGCCGCCGCCGCCGCUGCUGCCACCGCCGCGAUCUUUCUCUCUUCCAAGAAAAAAAAAAAAAGAAAAGAUUGAAAAAUGCCGCACGACGUGCACACCUGAUGAUGCGGCCUCCUUACCGCCGCCGUCGCCAGGCCCCUCGGGACUGCCCACCAACAGCGUGCGAGUGCGCCUCGUGCACCUUACCGACGCCGCUCGCCGCCAGAUGGGGCCGCUCGAUGUGGGCCGGACCGUCGCCGGCCGCGGCUGAGCCUGCUUGGACCUUAUGCGCACGCUCCGAAAAAAAAAAUAUCGGGGGAGGCCUCCCGUCGCGGAAAAUGCUCCUCUCCGGGUUUAAGGGAAACGCAUACAAUGCUCAGCACAACAAAGUUUGCUUUUUUGCCGUUAACACUCUACAUAACACAUAGUCUACUUAAUACAUGCUGAUACUUUGACCGAGAGAGGGAGAGGAAAUAAAAAAAAAUAGAGAGAGAGCAAGGAGACCCGCCGCGAGCUCCCGCCGACGUCCGGGCCCACAGGCGCCGCUAGCGUGCGCUCAAGAAAAAAAAAAGGCAUGUGUACAUAAGGUGUAUAUCUGCGAGAAAGGCUUGCUCCAGAAGCCGUUCACAAACAGAUUUUAUUUCCUAUGUGCCUUUAUGGGUUAAUACCUGCUUUUCAUUGACUGCAUCAGCUUUCAACCAUGCAACGAGUGUCCUGGUUUUUCUCUCUCUCGUUUUUUCGUCCCGUUGCCGCGUCCUGCAAAGUUGUUAGCCAAGUGUUGUCGAGUUUUUUCAUCGGGACGUCUAAGGCGACCCCAGGAGCGUGCAUGCAAACAUGAGCCGCCGCCACCGCCGGCCAAGCUGUUCCUUUGCGUUAUUCACCUCUCCCCUCCCACAUCGCACGAGUGAGCCCACGCCCUAUUUCCUGCCUUGCCGUCCCUUUGUGCCUGCGCCUGCUUCGGGGACAUGGGAUGCACUCGCCCGCACCCGCCUAUGCCUGAGGAGAGCAACAAUGAUAUAAGCCUCAGGAGCCGCGCGUAGGUCAAGCAGAACUUCUGCAGCGUGAGUUCGUUGUUUCAGCAGUGCAGACGCCGUCAUUCUUUUGUUGUUUCUUUUCGGCGAGAGCGAGGACGGAUCUAGUUCCACAGAGUCCAGGAGUACGUGCCGCAAAGCCUUGUCCAGCGACACAGAUGACAGACGCGCUGAAACCGUAUACAGUCGUCUUUUCUUUAUGUUUAUCAGUUUUCAGCGAAGAAGCCGCGCCACGCCGUGACCGUACACGUAUAGCCCCGUCUCGAAAAGCGGAACAAAUGAGAAAAACAUAUAUUUCUCUCAAACCUCUCGAAGGAAGGACCAAUACUCUACUUAACGUCCAUUGGCGCUAGACUUCAGAAGGCCGUCGCCAACUCGGCCCGGGAACGUAACGGUCGCCGGUCCUCUCUCUCCCGCCCAUCUCGAGUUACCAUCCAACAACCUACGAGCGGCUUUCGAUUCCGCCAUCGCGAGCAGCUGUCGGGCAUCGCCGUCGACGCGUCGCUAGGCUGAUCACCAAUACGCGCUGUACCAGCGUAGCCAGGCUUUCGCGCGGCUCCUGAGGCCGCCAGCAUUAUAGCCGCGCUGACAAAAAAAAAACAAAAAGAAAGAAAGAAAAAGAAAGGCUUGCUUAUUCUUCAUCCAUCUCCAGGCAACAGUCUAUAGAUCGGAGACCGUGGCGACCGUGGCUCACUCGCCGUGUACGUAUAGGGAGCCGUGACAUUACUCUCCGCGCCCGCCCGCUCGCUCGCUCGGUUUCCCGAGGUCUUUCUCGGGCAAAGCUCAACACGUAGCAAAUAACUUUAUUUUCUUUCAUGACAUCGCACGUCAGCACGCUUCGUCUCCGCACGCGCCCGUGAAAGAAAAUGAACAGGCACGCGUCCGCUCAGAAUGCACUCGAACGAGGCAGGGCCUCCACGCUUUCGUUUAAAUACACAUCUAUGCCGCAGGGCGAGCUGCUUGACAGAAAAAAAAAAGUUCAUUACGAUGGUUCUCUUCACGCGCGCUAUCCCAGUUUCCAACAUUUCCCUCCAGUGCAUUCUGCACCUGCGCAAAUAACGUAUCGGUCGAAUGAAAUCAGUAUAGCAGUAUAACAAGGCGUAUAGUGGUGACAAGUCGUGCUCACUCAACACUGCGGAGUUUGUUGCCGAUCCCUAUGUUACCUGCGGUUAAUUCAAUUUAUGUACCAUCUACGUACGGCAUGCCAUCAGCGCCUCAGCCAAGGGCCUAAAUUUUGUUUUUUUUUUUUUGCUUUUGUUUUUUGUUUUAGAUAAAUUUUGCCCUGGUUCCCCUGGUUCUACCAAUGACAUCCCAGCACAUAUAUGUUAUCUCCGCUUCAGACUCGCUGUUAUCGCAACGCGUUCCACCGUGGUCGGCGUUUACUUAACCGGCGUAUGUAAAACAAAUGGCUUUAGUAUAUACUAUAGUAGGCGCAGUGUUAAAAGCGCUCUGUAUGUUUGCCAUUAAGCUCACAGCAACCGACUGAAAUUCGCUCUUCUUUUUCCCUCGUGAAAGGCUAAAGUAGGAAGCAGCUUACACAGUGUACGCUGCCUUCGGUAGUCGCUGCCGAGCUUAAGCCCCGCCAGUAUAUAGGUAAACUAUUUCGGUUUUGCUAACAGAACAUAAAUGAUGUCCUGCAAGUGACCAGAGCAAUUCAACAUUCGCAAAUUUGUACUGUAUAGCGUAAAAGCUUCUCGGCACUGUGAUUACCGCUGUAUCCUCAAGAAGCGGAAGAAAAAAACAGGAGGUCUUUCCCUUAUCAUCUUCAACGCGACCUAAUCAUGCUGCGGCUGGCUUUGCAGCGAUCUUACACUCAUACUUAGUCGUCGUAGAAGCUCUUUGUUGCCCCAGCGGAGAAAUCAGCCGCUGUGCGGAGCUGCACUGUAUAACUUGAAGUCUCUGUCGAAUGCGCCUUAGGAGUAACAGGGGCAGAUUUCGACGCAGCCCGUUUAUGAGAGGCCGUCAAAGCGGUUCUUAUGAAUAUCAACUUGUUGCACUUGUAGAUCGCAACGUUCUCACCAGUCGCUUCUCAACGGCAAAGAUGAAAGAAAAGCCGAAGAUGAGCACGAACCCAAAAACAUCCACAUAACUAUUAAUUAUAUUGUCACUAGCGUACUUUCGAAGCUUUUCGGGUACCUAUUGCAGCCUUUAACUUGCCGUACGAUACCGUGAACCCUCUAAAAUAACGCUAAAAGGUAUCGCUAUAGUUUCCUAGCCAAACGUCUCGUGAUUUGUGAUAUUGAAGUCGCAAGGCGUGCGACAUGAAAGGCGGCGCUUUGGCUUUGCGUGCCGGCAGUGUCUGUCCACAAAAGUACCACGAAAGUAUUAAUCAAAACUAAAGUAAAAUCAACGCCGUCCUGUGAAUAUGCCUCCACAAAAAAAAAAUGGAGUAAAACCUAGGUGGCUAGGUACAAACGCCCCGUUUGCUUGGAAUAGAAUCAUCCGUGCCCAAAACAUCGCGGCAUUCUCUCGUGUAGCAAUGACAGCGCUAACGAUCAUAAAACUACACUUUUGAGUAAAUACGUCGGCGCUACACUCUGAAUUCCGUGUUUUCUCCGACACAGUGGGCACACAUUCCAGCAUAGGCUGCCGCGUUAUGAGGCAUUCCUUGGUAGCGUAAUAAUUAUUGAUUUCAAUAUUUUUAACGCAACAAAGCAGCAAACGCCUACGUUCCUUUCACAUGGAAAUGUAAUCGGUUUAUAAAGGUCAAAGAAGAAUAUAUCUCAACAUAUUCGCGUUUAUCGAGUAGCAGAUCAAACGUAAGAACCGAGCGAACUGUCCGAGGCAGGCAGAAAGGUAUAGCUCUACCAACGCCUCCUAUAGUAAAGGCGCUGGCUCUACCUCCCUCCUCCCCGCCCGAACCCUUCCCACCCUCUCCCUAGCCAUCCUUCCCGCUACUUCCCGUCUCCACUUUCAAUAGUUGGGGAGUUUUGGGAUCUACAGCAUGCCCCCCCCCCCCCCCCCCUUGCGUUUUGUUCUAUACUGCGGCGGGCUCGCCGCCUGCUGUGUUGUUAACGAGGCGGCAUCGCGAAGGUUGUAUACUGCUUCCAUGGUUUAAAAAAAACACAUAUAUAUAUAUAGCACUUGUGCGUUUGCAAUGACAAGUGUUUGCCACACGCAACAAUGCGUUUUUUGCUAUCUGCAAUUUUAUUGUAUCUGUUUCUGUUUUGCUCCUUGUGUACCGCGAAAGAACUCGCGCAGUGCAUCAAGUGAAUGAAUGCAAUGUAAAAAAAAAAAGGUGAAAAGGAAGCGAGCGAGCGAGAGAGAGAGAGAAAAAUACAGUUGGGCUACUGCAAACAAUGGUGGCACGUUUAUAGGUAGGCUGUUUUCACACACACACACAGAGAGACACGCGUUCGCGCGUGCUGUUGAACAUUUUUUUUUUUCCACCUCCCUUUGCCCAGCUCGAAGCGCUGUUGCUUUCGUCUGCUCUAUCGCGGCUGUGGCUAAGUGAUGCCAUGCACAAGAAAACGUCCGGAACAUGCCUUUUUUUUUAUUUGUUGUCAUUGCCUCUCUCUUUUCGUCCUCGAGCCUGCAACGACGGACCCCCAACCACCCGCCACCACCACAUAUUGUCGUUACCCUGUUAUCAUGGCGCACAUUCUCACUUUUUGGCAAAACGCGAGGGCAUAUACUGUGAACUUUUGGCUCGAGCGCGCUGAUGGUUGUGUCUUUCUCACUUAUUAAGAACCGAUUACAUCCCUUACCCCCUUUGCCCCCUACACCAACCCCCCAAAAAACUAUAUCGCGCCGGCCCAACCUACAUUCUCUGUUGCCAUCCCAUGCACCUAUUUCACCAUCCUUCCCUUCGGCUGUUUGUAAGCUUUUUCGUUUUGCUGUUUCUUCAGCAAAAGAAGAAUAAGAAGAAAAAAAAACAAAGUGCUGCAAAUCGCUUCAUUCCGUCACGGCAUGCAUGACAAGGUGUGCGCUUCCGGACAGAUCAUGCUUCAUACAUUUGUUCCGUUCUUUCGAGAGCCUGUAGACAUACAAGCCACUCUUUUUUCGGCAAGCCAUAAAGCCAGAAAAAAGAAGACAGAGAGCGAGAGAAAGGAGAUGAAAGAUACGAAAUAUGGGUUCGGACCAGCAUCGCCCACCAUGCUCGAGAUAAUAAGAGAGUGAGAAACACACGAAAAAAAAAGUAUGGUUGUGCGCAACGCCGUGAAUGGUGGGCGAUGUCUAUAUACGUGAAAGGAAAUGAAAGAGAGAGAGAGAGAGUUAUGUAUGUAUACGAAGAGCAGCGACCGCUAACAGUUAAUUCUCCGACUUCAGACACAAAUUGUUCCGCACAAAAUGUAAGCCACUUUUCUCACACACUCGCGAGCGCGCUGUCAACGUCUCUCUCUCUCCAUGCGUCGUCUUUUUGCAAAAAAACGCGGACGCUUAGACGUAGUGUACAAGAAUUUCCAUGCUAUAGGACUGAGCAGCUACGACCUAGAGAACGUUGAGGGUCUUUUUCUGACUAACACUUAGGAUCAAACGGCGAGUGCAUGUGCUUCGGUUGUCUUCUCUCUGAAAGAGAGGGAGUGAGGGGAAAGCCCGUGAACGUGCGGCCUCCUCCUCUCCCUCCUCCAUCAGCCUAACGCCAUCUCCCUCUUCCGUUUAACCACCAGCGCCCUCACGACGUUUCUUCCCGUUGCAAGUCUGGGCGCUGCCGUAAAAUAAAAAAAAAAGGAAGAGUUCUGUUUUUUGUUUUUGUUUUUUUCGGAGCCACCGCCAUCGCCGCUGUCGAUAGUGAGAAGGUACUUUUUUUUUUUUCUUGAUCUAAGACGGAUCAGUUUUUCGCAGCAGUUUGUCGUUUCGUGCGCAGCUUAUGGUUUCAACGUUGUUGUUGGCCGUCUCGGCUUAUAUAGAGAGAGCGAUACUGUUACACGGUAUACGAACGGUUUAGAAUUCUACUGUACGCAGAGCUCUGAAGAGAAGUUAUUAUUACGAGGCACGUUGACUGCCGUUACGCUGCGCCUCUGUUGAAAGCAGCAGUGACAUGAGGGGCGAAUAUAGUUGUUUGUUUGCUUGCCAUUUUGAGAGGAGGCUUACGAUAUUUGCAGCUGGCCUUAACCGUGAGUGCUAUUCGGUCUACCUGUGCCACGGCGCUCUUUGGGAAAGGUUGAGGGAUGAUGUUGAGCUACAUACUCUCCACGGCGCACUACUGCCUGCUCAGACGUGACCGUUUCAACGAAGACGCAGUUACGCCGCCACCCGACAAGCGUGUGCUAUGACAAACCGUAUUUCAAAUGGUGCUGUUAAGUACAGAGAUGCAAGUGAUCUUUGCAGUGCAGCCGUCAUGGCCGAAAAAGGGCAUGCGCGUCCGCAUGUUUCAUAAGCGGUAGCUGCUCACUGUAUUUGUCUUGUGAAUUUGUUUUCUGCCACCUAGUUGAACGUUGGAAGCUACUUUUUACCUUUUGCCCUUUUACUUCUGGUCCGAUAAAGCAAUAUUUGUUAUGGAAGACCACUGAUCGUUAAAUCACUCCUAUAGCGCACGUUUACCAGCGCGUUGACUACUAUAUGCACGUUAGCACGUUAACCAGCGCGUACCGCACCGAUGCUUACCAAAGAAAAGCACUGCCGUGCAUUGUGCACGGUCGGCGCCUUUUUCUGUGUGCGAAGCAACCCUGCGCUGUAGGCACUUCUUGUUUCUCUUGUGACGUGCUACGGGCGCAAUAUAAUGAUAACAAGAGUGCGCUCUCUUUAAACUCCCAAUGCAAUCCCCGUCAGCAGAUCAUUAUAACGACGUGGCCGUGGACUCAGUGUUGGUUCGUUGAUUGUUGUCCUUCGCCUCGUGAUAAAAGAAGCAAGGCGUUAAUGUUAAUGUUAAAGAGACAACCUUCUCUGAAAUUACUCCCGUAGUUAUAGUUAGCGUAGAGCAGGAACUCCCUUCGCCGCGACGCCCAAUGCAGGUCCGCGCAUCGUGCCUUGCCCUGCCCUUUCCUGCCCACCUUAGAAACAAUACUUUUGUCAGUGUGUGUGUGCGUCCGAACGUCAGCAAAGGUGUCACUAUAGACCACGUCCCGAGAAAGGUCCCUGACACACGGAGCUACGCAAAUGUCAUUUUGGUUAAGCGAGUUUGUAAAGUUAUAGCUGCCGGAAGUACCAUUCAUGAGAUGUUGAAGCUGCAAUGCUCCUGACAACUGCUGACGGACUUGCAGUGCCUGUUGCUUUCCUCCGCUUCCUAGUCGAUUUUAGAACACUGCUUCUCCAGAGCGAACUCAUUUCUGUAAAGUGACAGUUAACUUUGCUCGUGUAACUCGGGCUUAAGUCCCUUGCGAGAAUUUUUUUUUUCCCACCAAAGCAUUUCGCCACGCCCCUAGUCGGUCGCCAGGGGAUGUUCCUUGCCGGAACAGUGAACGACUGUGAACAAGGCCACUGAGUCCCCUGCAAGAAUGAUAUCGUAUCCUCAAGAGGGACCGUUCCUGAACACUCUCUUGUUCAAUGUUGCAUUCCAUUUGGUGCUGACACAGAACGUCUGAACGAGUACCAAGCGAACGCAUGCGCACAGGCAGACCGAAUGAUCCGCUACAGGCUAGAAUCGGCCAGAAUGCACGAAAAUAAAGCAGAGCCUUCGCGUUGACUGCGAACCAAAAAAUAAUAAUAAUAAUUAACAAUAAUAACAAUAAGCAGACAAUUGCUCUCGAUAUUAGUGACCGAUGAAUUGUGGUCUCGUCACCUGUUGUGUUUUGUCCACGAUCAGUUUUGUUUGCCGUACGACUCGGGUCAGGUCGUGAGCGUAGCGUCGACUGUUUUAGAGUGUCGCAGGCUAGUUGUUUGCUCGAAGACUAGACAGACUAAUAUGUGAGCAAGCUCCCGUCUAAAGAAGAGCUGCUACGAAUCGGCAAAACACAGAUGAGAGUUCGUUUAAGUAGCUUUUAUUUCCUUUAAGGACAGAGCCCGCUGGAUCAUUCUUUCGUUUUUGUUUAUCGUCGAUAGUUUCAUAAUCGAUACAGUUUCCAGCGGGCAUGUAAAACAAAUCCAAGCUGAAAACGGCGUGGAUAGCACGGCCGAACGAAGAUAUAAAAAAUAUGACUGUUCCCUUUCCCUCCUCCGACCUCCUCUCAGCAUGUUUUUCUUCCCUUUCCGAAGCCCGUUUCAUUCUCCCCUCUUAUUUACGAGCGAAACAGCAGAGAAAAGCUAACAAUUAAGACCGUUACCUCUCUGGAUAUAAGGACGGGAAAAAAAAAGCAACACUCACUUAAGCCUUUUAAGCUUGUACUUACUUUGUAAGAUGUUUUCAACUUCACAAUUUGUACCACAUUUCCUGUAAAUACAUCAUUGAAUAAAUUUUUAAUAAUUUAUCACAACAGAAUUCUACUUCUUAUUUAGUUGUGCACUUUUGAUACUCGGCAAUGUUAUCCAGAUCAGCGAAACCCCUGACAAGCAGAUCAUUUCCCAACAAGCGCCAUGAUCGG